ACUUUACAGGAAAAAAAAGUUAUUCCUUGCCCUCCAUUUUAUGAGUCAGAUCAUCCUGUCAGAGUUCUGGACGUGCUGUGGAUUGGUACAUAUGUCUUUACAAUCGUAUAUGCUGCUGCAGAUGGGACUCUGGAAACAUCUCCAGAUGUCGUGAUGGCUCUACUACCGAAAAAGGAGGAGAAGCACCCAGAGAUAUUUGUGAACUUCAUGGAGCCCUGCUAUGGCAGCUGUGCAGAGAGACAGCAUCAUUACUUCCUCAGUUACGUGGAGGAAUGGGAUUUGGUACUGGCAGCAUCUGCAGCGUCAACAGAAGUUAGUAUCCUUGCUCGACAAAGUGAUCAGAUUAAUUGGGAAUCUUGGCUACUAGAGGAUUCUAGUCGAGCUGAACUGCCUGUGACAGACAAGAAUGAUGACUCUUUGCCCAUGGGAGUUGCCAUAGAUUAUACUAAUCAAGUGGAAAUUGCCAUCAGUGAUGAAAAGACUCUUCCUCCUGCUCCAGUUCUCAUGUUACUUUCAACAGAUGGUGUGCUUUGUCCAUUUUACAUGAUCAAUCAAAAUCCUGGGGUUAAGUCCGUCAUCAAGACACCGGAGCAUCUUUCAUUAGAAGGAGAGCGACAACCCAAGUCACCAGGAAGCACUCCUACUACCCCAACCUCCUCUCAAGCCCCACAGAAACUUGAUCCUCCAGCAGUUGCAGCCCCUGUCUCUGCACCACCUUUGUCAUCUGCUGCUCCCAUUGCCACCUUCUCUUUACUUCCUGCUGGGGGAGCCCCUGCUGUGUUCUCCUUUGGUGCUUCAUUCUUGAAAUCAUCUGCUUCUGUCACUGGGGAGCCCUCUUCGUAUUCCAGUGGCUCUGACAAUUCCAAAGCAGCCUUGGGCUCUAGCACAUCAACCUUCUCUUUUGCUCCUCCUUCUAAAGCCUCCCUGGCCCCCACCCCUGCAGGGUCACCCAUGGCCCCAUCAGCUGCUUCAUUCUCCUUUGGAUCAGCAGGUUUUAAGCCUACCCUGGAAAGCACACCAAUGCUGAGCGGGUCUGCUGCGAACUUAGCAAUGAAGCCUUGCUUCCCACCCUCAUCCUCUGCAGUCAAGGUCAACCUGAGCGAAAAGUUUACUGCUGUGGCUACCUCUGCUCCUGUUAAUAGCUGUCAGAGCACGCCUUCAAUACUGCCAAUAUCUUCCGCCUGCAAGCCAGCUAUUUCUGCACCUCUCAGUCACCCCACACCUGUCUCAGCAUCAGUGAGUUCCAUGUCACUGAAGUCCUCAGUCUCUCCCUCACCUUCAGGACGAUCUGUGCAAAGCAGUCCAAGUGCAGUACCCUCAAUGGUACAGAAAUCACCCAGGAUAACCCCUCCAGUGGCCAAGUCAGGUUCUCCCCAGGUGAAGUCACUUCAGCCUCCUGUUACAGAAAAGCAGGGAAAUCAGUGGAAAGAUUCAGAUCCUGUGAUGGCUGGAAUUGGGGAGGAGAUUGCACAUUUUCAGAAGGAGUUGGAAGAACUGAAGGCCCGAACUUCUAAAGCCUGUUUCCAAGUGGGCACUUCUGAGGAGAUGAAGAUGUUGCGAACGGAAUCAGACGACUUGCACACCUUCCUUUUGGAGAUCAAAGAGACCACAGAGUCUCUUCAUGGAGAUAUAAGUACCCUGAAAACAGCGUUACUUGAGGGCUUUGCUGGUGUUGAAGAAGCCAGAGAACAAAAUGAAAGAAAUCGUGACUCUGGCUAUCUCCAUUUGCUUUAUAAAAGACCUCUGGAUCCCAAAAGUGAAGCUCAGCUUCAGGAGAUUAGGCGCCUUCAUCAGUAUGUGAAGUUUGCUGUCCAAGAUGUGAAUGAUGUUCUAGAUUUGGAAUGGGAUCGGCAUCUGGAACAAAAGAAAAAACAAAGGCACCUGCUUGUGCCAGAGCGAGAGACACUAUUUAACACCCUAGCCAACAACCGGGAAAUCAUCAACCAGCAGAGGAAGAGGUUGAAUCACCUUGUGGACAGUCUCCAGCAGCUCCGUCUUUAUAACCAAACUUCCCCUUGGAGCCUUCCCUCAGCUGUCCCUUCUCAGAGCAGCACUAACAGUUUUGACAGUGAUCUUGAAAGCCUUCGCAAUGCUUUGUUGAAAACCACCAUAGAAUCUCAUGCUAAACCCUUGCCCAAAGUACCAGCUAAACUGUCCACCAUGAAGCAGGCACAACUGAGAAACUUCUUGGCAAAGAGGAAGACCCCACCUGUGAGAUCCACUGCUCCAGCCAGCUUGUCUCGGUCAGCCUUUCUAUCUCAGAGAUAUUAUGAAGACUUGGAUGAAGUCAGCUCAACGUCAUCUGUCUCCCAGUCUCUGGAGAAUGAAGAUGCCCAGCCAUCCUGUAAAGAUGAGGAGAUGGUGGUUCAGGUUCCUCGGCAUGCACCCGUGGCUCGUACUCCUUCCAUCCAGCCCAGUCUCUUGCCCCAGGCCACUUUUGCUAAAUCUCAUCUGGUUCAUGGGUCUUCACCUAGUGUGAUGGGAACUUCACUGUCUACGGCUACUAGUAAAAUUAUUCCUCAAGGGGCUGAUAGCACAAUGCUGGCAACGAAAACCGUGAAGCAUGGUGCACCUAGUCCUUCUCACCCCAUCUCUGCUCCCCAGGCAGCUGCUGCUGCAGCACUCAGACGACAGAUGGCCAAUCAGGUGCCAGGUGUAAGCACAUUGACUGAAUCAACCUUGAAGAAUGUCCCUCAGGUGGUGAAUGUUCAGGAACUGAAGAAUAACCCUGCAGCUCCCUCUGCAGCCGGCGGUUCUUCGGUGCCAUACUCCACAGCCAAAACGCCUCACGCAGUGAUAACCCCAGUGGCUGCUAACCAAGCCAAGCAGGGGUCUCUCAUAAAUUCCCUAAAGCCAUCUGGGCCCACACCAGCAUCCAGUCAGUUGUCAUCUGGUGAUAAAGCUUCAGGGCCCGGGACAGCCAAGAUAGAAACAUCCGCUGCUGGGCAGUUCAGCAAGCCUUUCUCAUUUUCUCCAUCAGGGACGGUUGGCUUUAAUUUUGGAAUAGUCACACCAACACCAUCUUCUAAUUUCACUGCCACACAAGGGGCAACACCCUCCACUAAAGAGUCAAACCAGCUUGAUACAUUCUCAUUUGGCGGGGGAGGCAAACCUUUUUAUGAGACUGUUCCUGAAAGCUCCCCUCCUGGAAUCACAGCCGCGACCAGCCUCACAGGAGCUGCCGCCACAUCUCCAGGAGAGGCCUCUCCAUCCAGCAGCAGAUCUGUGGCACCUUCUGGAAUUGCUCUUUCUACCACCUCUAGCAAGUUGGAAACUCCACCAUCCAAGUUGGGAGAGCUUCUGUUUUCAAAUUCUUUGGCUGGAGAGACUCUAGGAAGUUUCUCAGGACUACGGGUUGGCCAAGCAGAAGAUGCUACAAAGCCAGCCAGUAAGACUUCAUCCACAAGCCUAACUAGUGUCCAGCCCACCAAGACGUCAAACGUGCCCUCGGGGUUUAGUUUUACUGGCCCUGCAGCGUUAGGGAAGCACGUGGAGCCCCCUGUGACCUCUUCUGUCACCACCACCACAGUAGCACCACCGACAAUUGUGAGCACGAGCACCAGCAGUUCCUCGACUGGUGUUUUUAGCAGUCUGCCACUCACCAAUGCAGGGCCCUCUGCGGUAGUCAGUUUUGGUGGGACAUCUCUAAGUGGUGGCAAGACUGGUUUUUCAUUUGGAAGCCAACAGGCCAGUAGUGUAGUGCCAUCUGCCCCACCGUCAACUACAGCUGCCAGUGGCACUCCCCUUCCAACAUCAUUCCCCACGUUGUCAUUCGGUAAUCUCUUGAGUUCAGCAUCUGUUCCCUCCUUGCCUGUGUCCCCUGGUAAAAGCACAGAGGCAGCUGCAUCAUCGGCUUUGCCCGAGAAGCCGGGCGGCAGUGAGGGCUCAGUGUCAGCAACCUCACUCCCAGGGCAGCAGGCAUCAGCCCAGCCUCCCCAGGCUCCACUGCAAACUCCCGACUCUGUUAAGAAAGAACCUGGUCUUGCCCACCCUGCAGUCAGCAAUGCUGGCGCUGCAGCAGCUAAUGCCAGUCUCACAGCACCUUCUGCAGAGGCCAUGCCAGUAGCCACGGUGGGCCCUGAUGGCAGAGUGGAGGCAGCAUCUCCUGCUCCCACCUUCUCAGUGCCUGGACAGGCUGCUGUUGGAGCUCCUGCUGUCUCAAGUGCAGGCCCUGUGACCGUUGAAACAUCAAGUGCCCCCACAACCUCUAGCACUGCUUCCAGCAUUGCUCCACCCAGCCCAGCUACAGAGGCAGCAGUGUUUGGGGCUGUCACUUCUGGCUCAUCAGUCUUUACUCAGCCCCCUGCUGCCAGUUCAAGCUCAGCUUUCAGCCAGCUCACCAACAACGCAGCCACUGCCCCCUCUGCCACCCCUGUGUUUGGGCAGGUGGCAGCCAGCACUGCACCCAGCGUGUUUGGGCAGCAGACAGCCAGUGCAGCCAGCACAACAGCCUCCACGCCACAGGUCAGCAGCUCAGGGUUUGGCAGUCCAGCUUUUGGUGCCUCAGCCUCAGGGGUCUUUGGACAGACGACCUUUGGGCAGACCCCAGCCUUCGGGCAGUCAACAAGCAGCCCGGCAGGUGGCUUCUCCUUCAGUCAGCCUGGGUUCAGUUCUGUGCCUGCCUUCGGCCAGUCCAUUUCCUCCACCACCACAUCCACCAGUGGGAAUGUCUUCGGUGCCUCUUCAAGUGCUAGCAGCUCCGGCUCCUUCACAUUUGGACAGUCCUCUGCCAAUGCAGGAGCGGGGCUGUUUGGCCAAACCAGCCCUCCUGCUUUUGGUCAGAGUCCCGGCUUUGGGCAGGGAGGCUCUGUGUUUGGUGGUGCCUCAGCCGCCACGACCACUGCAGCGUCCUCCGGGUUUAGCUUUUGUCAAGCUUCAGGUUUUGGGUCUAGUAAUACUGGUUCUGUCUUUGGUCAAGCAGCCAGUACUGGAGGAACAGUCUUUGGCCAGUCGUCCUCUUCCAGUGGCAGUGUGUUUGGGUCUGGAAAUACUGGAAGAGGGGGAGGUUUCUUCAGUGGCCUUGGAGGGAAACCCAGCCAGGAUGCAGCCAACAAAAACCCAUUCAGCGCAGCCAGCGGGGGCUUUGGAUCUACAGCCACCCCAAAUACCUCUAACCUCUUUGGAAACAGUGGGGCCAAGACAUUUGGUGGAUUUGCCAGCUCAUCAUUUGGAGAGCAGAAACCCACCGGCACGUUCAGCUCUGGAGGAGGAAGUGUGGCAUCUCAAGGCUUCGGGUUUUCUUCCCCAAAUAAAACAGGUGGCUUCGGUGCUGCUCCAGUGUUUGGCAGCCCUCCUACUUUUGGGGGAUCCCCUGGGUUUGGAGGGGUGCCAGCAUUCGGUUCAGCCCCAGCCUUUACAAGCCCUCUGGGCUCGACGGGAGGCAAAGUGUUCGGAGAGGGGACUGCAGCCGCCAGCGCAGGAGGGUUCGGGUUCGGGAGCAGCGGCAAUACCACGUCCUUUGGCACCCUCGCGAGUCAGAACGCCCCUACUUUUGGGUCACUAUCCCAGCAGACUUCUGGUUUUGGGACCCAGAGUGGCGGAUUCUCUGGUUUUGGAUCAGGCACGGGAGGAUUCAGCUUUGGAUCAAAUAACUCGUCAGUCCAGGGCUUUGGUGGCUGGAGAAGCUGAGUGGGUACCAGCCCUCCUCCUGUUCCUGGGAGAACUGCUUCACCAACUGACACCAGAGCAGCCUGUUAAGAUGGACGUUAUGAUUGAAACGCACAGAAAGAAACAACAGAAACUAAAACUCAAGGGAUGUUUGCUUGCUUGUUUUGUUUUGUUUCAUAUUUCAUGUUGGGUUUCCUCCCACUCCCCACUAUUAAACUGUUUGGUCUGUAUC